CGUUGCACGCCGGACGACGCGAGUCGCGCGUUCGCGUACAUCGCGUAUUUUACCUGGCGAUCGUCGCGCGAUUGAUACGCUGAUUCGAGACGGGGAUAUCUCGCUCGCGCGUGACAGGUCCCGAGCAACGCGCAGUUAAACGGAUUCCGUCCGCAUACGCGGCGCGUUUCGUUCGUAAUCCGCGUCGCGUUGUUCAGCCACUUCGUCAUAUAUUAUACCGUUGCAACAUCAGUGCGAAUAUCCCGUAGUGUUGUUCAACGUAAAAAAUGGCAUCCCGCAAGAAAGUGUUGCUGAAAGUCAUUAUCCUUGGAGAUUCAGGCGUUGGGAAAACUUCUUUGAUGAAUCAGUACGUCAAUAAGAAGUUUAGCAAUCAGUAUAAAGCGACAAUAGGGGCAGACUUUUUGACUAAGGAAGUGAUGGUAGAGGAUAGAAUAGUUACUAUGCAGAUCUGGGACACAGCUGGACAGGAAAGGUUUCAGUCGUUAGGAGUGGCAUUUUACAGAGGCGCGGACUGCUGCGUGCUGGUAUUCGAUGUAUCUGCCCCGACUAGCUUCAAAUCGUUAGAUUCAUGGAGGGAUGAAUUUUUAAUUCAAGCUUCACCUCGAGACCCGGACAAUUUUCCAUUUGUCGUGCUCGGAAAUAAAGUAGAUCUUGAAUCAAGAGCAGUGUCGUCCAAGAGAGCACAACAAUGGUGUCAAUCGAAAAACAAUAUUCCAUAUUUUGAAACUAGUGCAAAAGAAGCUAUUAAUGUUGAACAAGCUUUCCAAACGAUAGCUAAGAAUGCUUUAGCUCAAGAAAGUGAAGUUGAACUUUACAAUGAAUUCCCGGAUCAAAUCAAAUUAACCAAUGACCAAAGAAACAACGGCAGAGGUGAUUCAUGUGCUUGCUAGGUUCUGGCACUAUGAUAAUUUCACGAUGACUAAUAAGCAUGCACAGGUCAGAUUGUACAUCACACGUCACACCUGCGCGUAAACCGGACGCAGAAAAAAAAAAUAUCUAUUGCGAUGAGCUUUAUGUGUGCAGGAAGUCACGAGUAUAUUUCUUUAUCUCAAUGUGUUAUCAUACGAUCUUUAUCUGCAAAAUGUUUCAAUAUUCUUGAAAUAGUUUCGUUGAAAGUCAUUAGUGCACAAUGACGAGGUAACGAGUUAUAUAUCAUACGUAAAGGAAUGUGUACAAAUUAUCGAUACAUAUAUAUAUAUAUAUUAUAUAUACAUACAUAUAUAUAUACACACACACAUAUAAUUGUUUUUCUUUUUGUAAACGUGUGAGGGUAAGACGUAUUUAUCCGACUUCCUGACCUGAAAUGUCGCAAUUUUAAAAUGAUGUGCUCCCACUGGACUUGGCUUGUUACAUAAUGAAUCCUUUAACUUUGUUAUUUUUCAAGUCAAGGAUUUGCAUCUCGUUUUUAAGUAUUGUAAUGCUCUCUUAUCGGGUAAAACAUAUAAUAUUGGCGAAACACAUUGUGAAUUAUAUCUUUUUUAUCCCAAUCUUGAUGAUUUGUCAUCGUCGUUUACUUUACACCGUACAAUAAUGUACAACAAGGCUUUCGAAUGAUGUAGAGAUCAUCGUUAAUGCAUGAAAUAAAUACGUGGCUCGGGAACGCGGUUUUAACGGUACUGUUAGUAAAUUAUAAUAAAAGAAUUUGCUCAUAAUUUGUUAAGUACAAUUGCAUUUACAGAGAAAAGCACUAGUACAUAGCUUAUUAUUCUUAGACGGAGACCGAAUAUAUUUGCUGUCAUUAAAAAUCAUUCGUAUGAGAAUAGAACGAAAAUAAGAUGAAGUUAUAUAAUAAAGUUACUAAGACACUUUACAUGUCUCGUAAGCCAUUCUAACGAGUUCGAGAUUACAUGGAUACAGAGAUCCUUCAACCUUUUCCUCUAUUCAGAAUCUUUGAUUGUUACUGAAGUGUAAAAUUAUUAUAUUAUAUAAAGAUUUAGACACAUUUGUUGCGCGCAUAUAUUAAUGCCAAAUUUGUUAUUUUGUUCAUACAAUAAAUAUUGGAUCGGCCGGAAGGUCCGUGCGAAUUUUUUUUAACAAAAUUUAAAUGCAAAACUUUUUUAUCGAGAAUUAAUAUAAAGUUUUGCGUUUGAAUUUUAUUGAGAAAGAUCCACACGAACCUUCGCACAACCUUUGCAUUUAAAUUUUGCUCAAAAAAUUGACACGAACUUUCCGGUCGAUCCAAUAAUUAUACUACAUCGUUUUUAAGGAUGUACAGCUAUCUCGACUUAAAAGGAAAGGGAAGGAAAUCCCUUUCAACUCGUAACUUAGAAGAAUUUGCCAUCGCAUGAUCGUAUUGCUUAUAAUAUUUUUUACAGUAAAGCAUUAUUUUUGAGAUUGCUAAUCACUUCCACAAAAGUUUUAUCGUAUUCUUUUGCUAAAAUGAGAUUCCUCUCGUACCGCGAUGCACACACAUACAUACAUGCAUGCACACACACACACACACACACACAUCAGUUUCUUAAAUUUUUUACUGUACACAAGAUAAGUGGGAUCCUAGUGCGCGAAGAAUCAAUCGUCAAUUGUAUGGUCUAUCGAACAAUUCUAUGCAGAUUAUAUUUUGUAAAUAAGACAACAACAUAUACAUAUAAUCCAUUUAGAACUAUUUAACAUUGUAAUAGCGAAUCUUUAUAUCCUGAUAGCCAUAUCAAUAAGAGCAUUUUAAUUCUUGUAAUAUUUUAAUUCUACCUAUAGAUAUCUAUACAGCCUCUUUAUUAGAACAGUAAUUAAUUCUAACGGCGUGCGAUAUUUAUUUUGUUGAAAGAAGAAAAGCGAGCUUUUACAUAUAGUUUCAUGCAGAUGCGAGAAAUAUUUACGUAAUGCUGUAUCUCAGAAUUUUGUAGUAAAAAUAAUUGUACAUCCGUUA